GUAACUGACGAGCGUGGAUUUGUUUCCCCGCGUACUCCUAUCUCACUUGCAGUCGCUUCGUGCAUCUUCACAGCUGUAAAAUAUGCGGCAAUUAAAGGGCAAAACGAAAGAGACGAAUAAACAGAAGAAAGAAAGGAAAAAGGAGUUCCUUGAGAACAAGCAGAGAGUGUUCACGGUUGUGUUGCCCACUAUGGCUGCAAUAUUUGUGAUAAUAGCGGCAUAUAUCUACUUUAAAACCCCUAAAGGGACCCAACAUGUAACAUGUGGCUCUAUACUAAAGUUAAUGAAUGUAGACUAUAAUGUAAGAUUACACUCUCACGAAGUAAAGUAUGGUAGUGGUAGUGGACAACAAUCCGUAACAGGUACCAAUGCCAAAGAAGAUGGUAAUUCCUACUGGCUUAUUAAAGCAGAAUCAGGAAAGCAAUGCAUGCGAGGGAGACCGAUUAGAUGCGGAGAUAUUAUCAGAUUGGAACAUGUCGUGACAAAAAAGAAUCUUCACUCGCAUCUUGUUAGCUCACCCCUGACUGGAAAACAGGAGGUUUCCGCCUAUGGAGAUCACAAAGGAGAAGGUGACACUGGUGAUAAUUGGAUGUUAAUAUGCUACAAUGAUUUUUGGGAAAGAGAUGAUACAAUUAUGUUGAAGCACAUUGAUACAGACAAGUACUUGGCUGUUAGUGGCAGAACUUAUGGUACUCCAAUUAGUGGCCAGACUGAAGUAGUAGGUGAAUAUUCUUCAAACAGUCCUCAUACACAAUGGUCAGUGAUGGAAGGAUUGUUUAUUCAUCCGAAUGAUUUCAAAGCACAGCAUUAUCCACAUACAGAAUUAUAAAACAAUUAUUAUAACGGUAAUUUAAUUUGGUAUAUAAGACAUGUAUAUAUGUGUUG